AUGGACAACCCAUUCCACAUGAGCUUCUUCCGUCAUGUCUACUCCCGGCUCACGUCCCUGCACCUGUCAAUACCCUAUGACAUUAUGUCGUUUACUGUCAGUGAACGAUCAUUCAUGCAGUUUGCCAAUCUCUGCAAUUCAUCAAGGAAUGACUUCUCAUUGAAGGAGUUGUCAGUCAAUCUCGUGGACAUUGGAACUGCCUCAACUGAUGUUCUACAUCCAUUUGAGGUGGCAUUCAACAAACUGUUGCCAAUCCUCGGCCAGCUACAGAACAUCAUGAUCAAGUCUGACUGCUGUCUAGAGUCCAUACCUCUACUAAGAUAUAUUGGCAGUCAUCCAGACAUCGCGUCAAUGACCAUCGAUAUUAAAGCCAGCAAGAGCUACUACUCCAAACUCAUCGAAGCACUUCCAGCCAAUCUCCAACAUCUGACCAUUGACCAAGAGAAGGUGCCACAAGGUGAAUGGAUCAAAAUGUCUCGAUUGACUAAAUUGAAGACGAUCAACUUCAUUUCGUCUUUGGUUCUAGCCGGACCCGACUUUAUCGACUUCCUAGUACACAACUCAUCCUUAGUGUCAUUGGCUAAAGUAAGGAUACCAGUUGACAUUGGCCAAGAUUGUCGCAAUGUCCUUAAGAACAAGCGAAACAUUACCUCACUCAACUUGGUGAUGGCAAACAAGGCUGAUGAUCCAUCGCAUGUUGAUCUUCACUCUGAUGUCACCAAGCUAAGGAUCAAUUGUGAACAUGGAGAGAAGAGCCCAACCAACUGCUCUAUCCUCGGUACACGCAAUGCACUGCCACACCUGGCAGAGCUAAGAGUCUCCAGCAUGUGUCCUCAAAUGGAAGAGGAACUCAUUGGAUUGGUCGGAAGAUCAGAAUCACUACGUGUACUCAAGAUUGAUCGUCCUUUCGAUGAAGAGUUUAUCACUCGUCUACUUGACAGUGUAAUGUCCAACAAGAAUUCUUCACUCCAAGUGCUGUCAUUUAGAGGAUUGACAUGGACCAAGUGUGUAAUGUCCAAGGUUAGCGAGUUCCUCUUACAUCCCAACACCAAGAACUUCAAUCGUCUAAAGACCAGUCACAAGACUAUUAAGGAUCUUCAAUUGGUUGAAGAUGCCAUAGAGACAACAACAACCCUCAGUGAUCAAUUUGACUACCAACUUACCGAGAAGGCGAUGUACUUCAUCCGCAUCAAUUAA